AUGUCAUUACGCACCAUGCUAAAAUGUUCAAGGCCUUUAUGUCAACAAAUACCUUCCAACAUUAACCCAUUGGGAUCCACAACUCCCGUAUCAAGUCUCUUAUCCAACACAUCUAUACCAACUCCUCUUACCCCACCUCCAUCAUCUACCAGCAAAGAUAAAUCUCAAACAGAUCGUCAAGCACAUUUUCAGUUACUUCAAACAGCUCGUUCGGAUGCUCUUGGUGCAAAACUAAGUGGCCCUAUGGCCGGUAGAACAUUGGACCUACCGCAAAAUACAAGUAUAAACUCAACUGGAAGCAGUGUGGGCCCAGCACUUGCAAGACUGGGGUCUCUGCUAAGAUCUAAUAAUAUUAUCAGAGAUUUCCGUGACCAACAAACACAUAUAAAACCAGGUAAAAAGAGGGAAUUACGUCGCCAAAGAACUCAUAGAGCACGUUUCAUGGUGGCAUUCCAAAAGAUGUUGACCCUUGUUAAUGAUGCCAAACGUAGAGGCUACUAA